AUGGCGGGAGUUGUAACGGUGGCCGGCGGCACCACAUGGCUCAAAGCCCUUCUCUACUCCAUCACUCACCGAUCUGAUGAAAACAACAACAACCUUUUGAGCUCCAAACAUCCACAAGAACUAAUCCCGUCACUGGAAACAAAUCUUUACGUUCGACAUGGCGAGAAGAAUGAGAAGAGCCCUGAAUCUCUUCUUACCCUUAAUGAAGAUCCUAUGAAGAUUAGAGUCCUGGGAACCCACAUACCGUAUCAAAUCUUGGGUGACGUACUGAAUUCGAGCGAGUGCAAGAUCGUUUACGUGACAAGAAAUCCAAAGGACACCCUCGUUUCUCUUUGGCAUUUCGUGUGUAAAUCUGAGAAAGUUGAGGAGGAUCUGUGGGAGUUAGAAGCUGCUGUUGAUCAGUUCUGUAAUGGGAUUGUUGUGUUUGGAUCGUUCUACGAUCACGUCUUGGGUUAUAGAGAAGAAAGUGUUAAGAGGCCUGACAAGGUGUUUUUGGUGACUUACGAGGAAAUGCAGGAAAAUCCCAAGAAAUGUGUGAAGGAGCUUGGUGAGUUCUUGGCUUGCCCAUUUGAUGAAGGAGAGAAUGGAGAGAUGGAGAUUAGCGAAAUCGUAAGGAAUUGCAGCUUUGAGAAGUUGAGCAACCAGGGUGUGAACAAGUCGAGCGAGCUGCCAGACGGGUUUCCGUUGCCGUACAGUUCGUUCUUUAGGAAAGGACAGAUGGUCGCCAUAGUCAAGGACAAGUAUUAUCUGGAGGCUUACCGUGCCCAGAUGAUGCGGGAAUUCUGGGAGCUUCGACAGAGACCCCGUUCCGUGGAUGUCUACGAGCGUGAUUUCACAUGUAUGAAGUUCUGCCCUACUCCGAGAUGGUCUACCGAGCCACUAAGUUAG